GUAUCAGGCUCCUCCUCUUCCUCCUCUUCCUCCUCCUCCUCCGCCCUCUGCUCGGCCCAGCAUGCCGCUGGAUCACCGUCGCCUGCGGGGACCGGAGGAGUCGCAGCCGCCGGAGCUGUGGGCGGGGGCGCUGCCGGAGGAAGAAGAGGAUGAAGCUCCGCGGGACCCCUACGCCCUGCGGCCUCUCUUCGCCCGGGCCGGGUUGCUGAGCCAAGCCGAGGGCUCGGCCUACGUGGAGCUGGGCAGCGGCACCAAGGUGCUCUGUGCCGCCUGGGGCCCGCGGGAAGCGGCCGAGCCCGGCGCGGCCCCGGCGGCGGGAGGAGGAGGCGGAGGAGGUGGGGGGGGGCGGCUGGUUUGCGAAUUCCGCCGGGCCCCUUUCGCCGGGCGCGGGGCUCGGGGGCGGCCGGGCUCGGCGGCGGAACGGGAAGCGGAACGGGAAGCGGCGGCGGCGUUGAGGGAAGCGCUGGAACCGGCGGUGAGGCUGGCCCGUUACCCGCGGGCCCGCCUGGCCGUCAGCGCUUUGCUGCUGCAGGACGGCGGCUCCGCGCUGGCCGCCGCCGUCACCGCCGCCUCCGUCGCCUUGGCCGACGCCGGCGUCGAGAUGUACGACCUGGCCGUGGGCUGCGCCCUGUGCCGAGCCCCGGGCCCCGACGGUGCGUGGAUGCUUCAGCCCGGGGAACCCGAGGAACGGCGUGCCGUCGCCCGCCUCACCGUAGCCCUGCUGCCCGCCCUCAACCAGGUGUCGGCGGUGCUGGGCGGCGGGCAGGGCGGCCCGCCCGACGCCUGGGCCCGGGCGCUGCGCCUCGGCCUCGACGGCUGCCACCGCCUCUACCCGGUCCUGCGGCAGAGCCUGCUGCGGGCCGCCCGCCGCCGCGAUGCCACGGCCUGACCGUGCUGCGCCCCCGGGGGGGGGGAAUGGAUGGGGUCAUCUGGAGCUGCCUGGAGGACACCCCACCAAGCCAGCGCUGCAGCAGCCGGAGACACCACGCACACACACCCCCCCAUCUCCAGAGCUGCCCACGCAACCGGCGGCCCGAGAAACCUACCCAAGGAGUCUGCGUCGAGAGCCCCCAAAGCACCCUGGAGCCUGCCCGAGGAGGAGCAUCCCCCCACUCCUGAGUGGGGGGGACGGGACCCAAGCGGCCUCGCACGCUGCCAGAGCACCCCCCCCCCCACCAAAGAACAGCCAGAGCCUUCCUCCGCCACCCCCUGCCCGAGACCUCCCUCCAAGCAGCUGCCUGCACUGUGGGACCCCCACACCCCACCCCAGGGUGGCCCCAGUGCCGAGACCCUCGCACCCGGCCGCCCCCCCCCCCCACCAUCCCUGGAGGCAGGGGCCAGGCAGCACCGGGCAGGAACCACCGCCUGGCCCAGACUGUUCAUCUCUCUUGGACUGCCUGCUCAGGCAGGAGAUAGGUUUUGUUUGGGUUUUUUUAAUAAUAAAUCAGGUUUUUCUGGUGA